CCUGGCGACUUGCAAAUGUGUGAUCCUUAUUCCACGCAGAAUUAGCUGUACAGGUGGAAGUGAGACUUUUGCUUUUUUUGUAGUAGCUUACUCUGCUUUUUUCGGGUGAGGAGUUAAGUACGACGAUGCAUUGACGUGACUGAACUAGAAGUUGAUUGAACCAUCACUUAGAAAGAAACUCUUUGAGCACUAUUCUCUAACCCACCGCCGCGAGGGUAAUACAUCUAAUUAAAGCUUUAACUCCGCAAGUAGAAGUCAUGGCGAGUUUUGUGAUUGGUGACUCCGUGCUGCCUAUCAACAGCGAUGUGGCGCGUAAGUACUUCACGAAAACAGAACAAGUGCCCCUCCAGAUUUUGAGCGGGAAGGCGCCUUACCACUGUUACGUGGAAAAGCUCCAUUAUUGGAACAUAAACCCCCGUCCACAAAAACUAUCCCUCUGUUCCUUCCGAGUAAACGAGGAUGCAGGGAUGUUUACGAGCAGCUACUCUGCAGAAAAAACGGGUAUUUCAUCGUGAUAACUAUUAGUUGCGAGCAAGAGCUUCCCUCCUUGCACACAGGAGUCGAGGUUGCCUCACCUGCGUGCUGCUCUAUCGUUAGCACAGAUUGUACUAUGAGAACAAGAUGGUACAUGAUCAAAAUCAAAUAGUGAGGUGUUAGUUUCCUGGAACCGCUUUUCCCUCGUCCAUGCAUGUUUUGUGACAAGAGCAAUACGCUAAGUAAAUGUUUCAUAAACAAAUGCAGAGAAACCAACUAGAUCGUGUAGACCAGGACGACCGAAAGAAAAGGGGGCGGACAGAAUUCCGAAAGAGCUAGGGGCUAGAUCUGCCAGAAUCGAGGACUGUCUAGAUCGAGAACGUUGGAGGAGCAUAACAGAGGGAAACGCGAGCAGCGAGAACCUCCCGCCCACAACGAAUGGCGCCGCUGUAGAGACAAAGGAGCUGCACCUUCACAGCUUCAACAUCAGAGAAAUGCGUAGAACACAGAAGAGACUCAGGGAAGUCGUAGGUCCAAUCCGAUCCGACUAACAUCAUCAAACAAAUUCUUAGGUACACCGUGCUCGUUCGUCACGGUAGCAGAGAAUACCCACAACAUGCUGCAAGUAUUGGAAUUAAACCCACCACUCUUGGUACGGAGAAACGAGCAAAUCGGCAUGUGGGAUCAGGAGAACGGCUCGCUCAGUGUCGUGUAAUAUUGUCUUUUCUUCUUUUUGUCUGCCACUGUUUUGAAUAUCUAUGUCUGUCCUUGCUUGAGUUUAUAAGACGACGAGAAUUAAAUAUCAUGUGAUUGUGUCUGCUAAGAGACGAACAGUUACUAUUUUUCGGAAACCACUAUUUCUUCUGCAGCUGUACGUGGAGACGAACUUUUGGCGACCGUGAGUUGGGCUAUUUCGUUGGCGCCGCUUCUCACUUUCAUAAGACUCUGAAGUUGCGCAGCUAUUUGACAAAUGCCACGAGCUGGUAUGUUGAGUUUCGCAGGUUAACGACGACGGAAAAAGAGGGUCUAAGCGGUAACCGUACUAAGAAGAAUAAAGCGGUCUCGCAGGGACCGGUGAUAGCGCUUUGCCCGCCAGAGCAAAGCGCGCGAAAGCUAGAAGCAUUGAUACAGCUAGCAAGAUCGUGUGCAACAGGCGAAGAGCAGUACUGGGCGAAAUGGCAUCACCCGUCAACAUCGUCAGUUGGAGGGUCCUCUUCUGCGGCCGUUGGACCUAGCGGAGCAGCUGCAGGUGCUAUGGGCAACAACAAUACAGGCGGAGGCUCAGCCUCUUCAACUAGUGGGAACACUAAAUCCUCAAAGAAGAAAAACAAAGGCGCAUCCUCAAACGCGGCCAACAAGCCAGGAGGAGACUCCGCAAAGGAAAUGAGCGAAAAAAGCAUGGAAGCUAAUGCAGCGAUAGACGCGGCCGCCGGCCAGGAGACCAGUGGCGCAGCAAAGGAGGGCGAUCGAGGAGGCAGUGAACUCGAGGAUGGGUCUUCUUCAGCGCCUGAGCAUCAAAACGGCACAAUUAAUGAUCCAGCCGCUUCUUCUGGAGUAGGGAGUGUUGCGGGUACAUCGACUAGUAACGCAGGUUGCCCUUCAGGAGUAGCUUCUUCCAAAUCCGUGGCAUCUGGUCAUUUGGACACGACAACAACGCUCUUCUCCGGUGUGCGUGUGCAGAUAGGAGAUAACGUGGAUCUGGAUUCCGAUAUGGAGGAGGUAGAGCUUGAAGCGGCUCCUCCUGGUCGCAAAGUCGUACCAAAAAAGUCAAGGAAAAGGAAAGAGGGGGAGACAUCGGCCAAUGCUGAUGCUGGAGCUAUAGUCCCUGAGGAUGAACAAGGAAAACUACCGACAGAAAAUGACAGUAGCGCAGCAGGAGUUUGUCCAGACGAACAGAAAUCUGAAGAGACCAUUGAGACAGCGAACCUCGGUGCGCAAGAAUCACCAACGAAAAAAGGGUUUAGGAAGAACGAAAGUUCGCCUAAAGCCCUUGAUAAAAGCGGUCUUUCAGACGAACCAACACAGUCUCCAGGCCUCGAUGAGGACGGAGAUGCGAUGAUGGAACCCCGAGUCUCGACUGGCAGUGGUGUGUUAGAGGAUGCCUCGGAAGAGAUCGCAGAGCCACUCGACUGAGUGUCCUCUUAGCUGUGCCCUCAUUCUCCUUCUGUCGAAUUGGCAACGCAUUGACUCAUCCACACACAUCAAGGAUGCUGAUGAGCACAAACUUGUCCAUAUUCCGUCCUCAGGAAUCACCCUCACAACUACCUUGACUGGCAUCUCCUGUGCGCCGCUUACACUUUUCCCCUAGCACCUCAUGGCCGAUCCUCCCCUAUGCCCUACGACUUUCAUGUAUCUACGGAAGCCUAUCUUUUUCCGUAGUUAUUUUCCUUGUUUCGAAAAUCGAAAUUUUUUCAUGUUCCAAAGAAGGAGAGAACUUGUGUCUCAAGGACCGAUAGCUGAAGGCCACACUUCGCUCACGUUGUGAGAUGUGACUA